GCCAUUUUUCACUGAAACCGGAAGUGAGUGAUUGCGGCGUUAGAAAGCGUUUGGCUGUGAAAAGUUUUUGUACUUUUGAGGAAUUUCAGUGAUCCGGAAGUGAUUUGUGUGAAGAGCGCGCAGGUAGAGUGUGUAGUGAAGAGUAAAUAACGCCCUCGGAGCGACCGCAGGUGCUGACUGAAGCUCACACUGUCCGCGUUUAAGGGUUUAAUCCGCGUAAAGUUCGUGUGUGUGUGUGUGUGUGUGAGAGUGUGUGUGUGAGUGUGAGUGUGUGUGAGAGUGUGUGUGAGUGUGUGAGAGUGUGUGUGUGUGUGUGUGUGUGUGUGAAGAUGCCGCUCGCGCAGUUCGCGGAUCCGUGGCAGAAACCUCAGCUCAGAGCUCCGGAGAAUGAGGUGAUUGACGAUGCGAUGGGGGAGGAGGACGCGCUGCUGACUGAUGAAGGUCCGGUGAAGGAGAUCACAAUCACACACCUGGUGAAGGAGGGAUCAGAGAAAGCAGAACCGAGAGACUUCGAGCUCUGCAAAGUCCUGGGUCAGGGAUCAUUCGGCAAGGUUUUCCUAGUGAGGAAGAUAACAGGGCCGGAUGCAGGACAGCUCUACGCCAUGAAGGUCCUCAAAAAAGCGACACUGAAAGUGAGAGACCGUGUGAGGACGAAGAUGGAGCGAGACAUCCUGGUGGAGGUGAAUCACCCGUUUAUCGUCAAACUGCACUACGCGUUUCAGACGGAGGGGAAACUUUAUUUAAUCCUGGAUUUCCUGAGAGGAGGAGAUUUAUUCACACGCCUCUCUAAAGAGGUGAUGUUCACGGAGGAUGAUGUGAAGUUCUAUCUGGCUGAAUUAGCUCUGGCUCUGGAUCAUUUACACGGCCUGGGGAUCAUCUACAGAGACCUCAAACCUGAAAAUAUCCUUCUGGAUGAAGAAGGUCAUAUUAAACUCACCGACUUUGGCCUCAGUAAGGAGUCUAUAGAUCAUGAGAAUAAAGCGUACUCGUUCUGUGGAACUGUGGAGUACAUGGCGCCCGAGGUGGUGAACCGCAGAGGCCACUCCCACAGCGCUGACUGGUGGUCGUACGGCGUGUUGAUGUUUGAGAUGUUGACGGGAAUGCUGCCGUUUCAGGGAAAAGAUCGUAAAGACACCAUGACCAUGAUAUUAAAGGCGAAGUUGGGGAUGCCGCCGUUUCUGAGUCCUGAAGCUCAGUCUCUCCUUCGCAACCUGUUUAAGAGAAACCCAGGAAAUCGACUCGGAGCCGGGCCUGACGGAGUCGAGGAGAUCAAAAGACAUCCAUUCUUUGUCACCAUUGACUGGAACAAACUGUUCCGCAGAGAGGUGAAGCCACCGUUUAAACCAGCGAUUGCUCGACCGGAUGACACCAUUUACUUCGACGCCGAGUUCACUGCCAAAACUCCCCGAGACUCCCCCGGUGUGCCCCCCAGUGCAAACGCUCAUCAGCUCUUCAGAGGUUUCAGUUUUGUAGCAGUGGGAGACGAAGCGCCGAGUGAACCUCCAAUACAGACCAACACUAGCGUUAGCACAGUGCUACAGCAUCGCAGCACGUUAGCGUUCACUGAUGUGUACGAUGUGAAGGAGGACAUCGGCGUCGGCUCGUACUCCGUCUGCAAACGCUGUGUACACCAGAGCACGGGCAUGGAGUACGCUGUGAAGAUUAUCAAUAAAGAGAAGAGAGACCCUGCUGAGGAGGUGGAGAUCCUGCUGAGAUACGGACAACACCCCAACAUCAUCACACUCAAAGAUGUGUAUGAUGAUGGACGCUCGGUGUUUCUGGUCACUGAGCUGAUGAAAGGCGGUGAGCUGCUCGAUAAAAUCCUGCGUCAGAAGUUUUUCUCGGAGCGAGAGGCCAGCGCUGUCUUACACACCAUCACCAAGACUGUGGACUAUCUGCACUCACAGGGGGUGGUACACAGAGAUCUAAAGCCCAGUAACAUCCUGUACGUGGAUGAGUCCGGAAAUCCCGAGUCCAUUCGGAUCUGCGACUUCGGCUUCGCUAAACAGCUGAGAGCUGAGAACGGCCUGCUAAUGACUCCGUGCUACACCGCUAACUUUGUCGCUCCUGAGGUGCUGAAGAAGCAGGGUUAUGAUGAGGCGUGUGAUAUCUGGAGUCUGGGUGUGCUGCUCUACACCAUGCUCACAGGGUUCACUCCGUUUGCUAACGGUCCUGAUGACACGCCUGACGACAUCCUGUCUCGCAUCGGCAGCGGAAAGUUCUCUCUCACAGGAGGCUACUGGAACUCUGUGUCCAACGAGGCCAAGGACCUGGUGUCUAAGAUGCUUCAUGUUGAUCCUCAUCAGAGGCUGACGGCGUCUCAGGUGCUGCGUCACCCCUGGAUCAUCCACAAAGACCGGCUUCCUAAAUUCCAGCUCAACCGCCACGAAGCGCCACAACUCGUCAAAGAAGCGAUGGCUGCCACGUACUCGGCUCUGAACAGAAACGUGUCUCCGAUGUUGGAACCCGUCGGUUGCUCCACGUUAGCGCAGCGUCGCGG